AAUAUUCUUGUUAAUAGCAAUUUAAUUUAGUCAUCUAAUCAUUUUAGUGUCUCGUGUAUGAUGAUGAUAUAAUUUUGUACUUUCCAACAAUUAACUGUAAAUGUUGAGUGUAAGAUUAUAAUGAUUAUCAUAGAUGAAUAUUAGUUUAUUGUUAAUGUUAUGUUUUCUUUGCCUCUUUUCAUUUGGUCAGUUAACUUAAUUGUAAUCACCUUGUUGACCCCAACUGACCAGACAACCAAUGGAUACACAAAUAUAAUCUCAAAUAAGUUAAUUAAAUCAUGGAGAAGACCAUUUACUCGGAAACGAUUCCACCAAGUCCAAUCGACCGCCGGUCAACAUAAUAGUGCCUCUAACGGCAGUGGAUCCGGAGCGGGAGGAGGAAGAGGAGGAAGUGGUGACGGUGGUAAACCUUUGGUGCCGGUGGUUUAUUUGUUUCGUAAGCCCAAGCUACAGGAUAGUCUGGGUGGGUUUUCUGGUUUUCCUGGUAUCAGCAGUUUAAAUGGGCUCUCUGGUUCCAACGGGCUACCCAAUUAUGUUACUCUAACCGACUCCGAUUUCAUGGACGAUGUUGAAGAUCAAUCUCUCAAUCAAAAUCCUAUUAUCUCUGGUAUUAACAGUGCUGUCCAAUCAUUGGGAUUACCUGGUUUACCUGGAGGGCAAAGUAGUAAUAAAGAUCAACCGUCGAUCUCUGUAUCAUCAUCAUCAUCAUCAUCAAUUUCUCCAGGUAAUCAACAAGAUUAUCGAUUACCGAUUGGUUCAACUUCGUACGAUUUUUUGAAACCAUUGGACGAUUUUAAGAAACAAACUGAUUCCUUCAAUUCAUUUGGUCAUAAUUUUCAUUCGUAUCCUUUACCUAAUUUUAUUGGUCCAUUGACUGACCAUCAUGAGAAAGGACAUAAAGUUAAAUAUAUUCAUGUUCCAAUUCCUUAUCCAGUUAUUCAUGUGAAACAUAUUAAACAUCAUCAUCAGGAUCAUCAUAAAAACGAUGUGUCCUAUUGGAUUUACGGGCUAUUGGCAGCGGCGCUUUUGCCCAUCCUUUUGGGGGCUUUAUUACUUCCGUUGGGUUUGUUGUUUGCUCUUAAUUUAUUUACCUUGUUAGCGGUUCUUGGCCCAGGCGGAGGUGGCACGUUUAUACCAGUUAAUGGGACCACCGGAGCCAUAGCGGCCGGAAAAAGGAAACGGAGUCUCUCCUCUGAACUUUGGGACGAGCGGAAACUAAAUGAAACUCAAUCAUUCAUUCUUGAUUGUAUUCGAAAAUUUUGAGAAAAAAAAUUCUAUUGUAACAAAUUUCACUCUCUUAAUUGUUUAUCUUCCCCAGGUAAUCACAAUUAACUUAAUCGUAUUGCUUGAAAUCUUAACCGGAAGAAAAUUAAUCCAUUGAAAAAAUUUCCAAUUUUCUACCUCAGUCCAAUCCCAACCAAUCCAAUGUUAUUUAUAAUAUUUAAGAACAAUAAAUUAUUCGUUUGA